UUUUUGCCAAGUAUCUUUAGCAGUAUUGUUUUAAUAGACUUCUCACAUUUUAGGAUGCAUCCUCCAUAUCUACAGAUGGCCAGAAAGAGCUGAGCUGGCAUGACAACCAUAUGAAAUCACAGAAGGCCAGAUUUAAGUUCAGUGAGUUGACAAGAAAGGUAGAGAUUUCAGGGGACAGCGGACCGUUGGGGAUACAUGUUGUGCCUUUCUAUUCCUCUCUUAGUGGACGUGCUUUGGGACUGUACAUUCGUGGAAUUGAGGAGAAUAGCAGGACUAAACGGGAGGGCCUUUUCCAAGAAAAUGAAUGCAUUGUGAAAAUUAACAGUGUGGAACUUGCUGAUAGGUCUUUUACA